GUCAAGCGCGGCUGAACGAAAACGACGCCGCUGGCCGGAGAAAACUUAACGAAGAAUUUUGUCGUGGUGAACGUCACUUGAUUUCUCUCGAAAUUUUUUGGCUGAUGCAAUCGUGCUAAAAAGCACAAUUUCUCAACUUAAAGCCUUGUGGAGAGUGCAAAUAGUUAGUGAUUAGUAAAAGUGAAGAAGGGACAAGUGUGAAAAUGGCUGAAGAAGAUUCGAUAUUCGACACGUUCAUGCAGAAGAAGAAGAAAAAGAAGAAGACUACAUUCGAUUUGGAGGCAGCUUUGGCUGUCGAUGGGACAGAAUCGGGUUCUGGGGCACCAGCAGAUGCUUCCAAUGCCACGAAUAAUGCCGAAGAGGGUGAAGGUGAUGACCAAGGUGGCGUAGACUUCAAUGAUGACCUGGAUCUCGAGACUUUUGGUGGCAAGAAGAAGAAGAGCAAGAGUGCAAGUCAACCGGCUCAGGACAAGGAUCUCUCAGCUGCAGGAGCAGGAGACGAUGGGGAGAAUCAGGAAGAAGACUUUGAUCUGGACAUGGACUUUUCCAUGAUGAAAAAGAAAAAGAAGACGAAGAAGAGGCUGGAUGAUCUCGUGGUGGAGGAGGAGGAUAAAGCAGAUGAUAAAGAAAAUGUUGAGGAUGCCAAUUCCUCCUGGGCUGGCUCUGAUCGCGACUAUACUUACGACGAACUCCUUAAGCGAGUAUUCGAGAUCAUUCUGGACAAGAAUCCUGAGAUGGCGUCUGGCGGAAAGCCCAAAUUCGUGAUGAGACCGCCACAGGUUCUGCGAGUUGGCACCAAGAAGACCUCCUUUGCCAACUUCAUGGAGAUCUGCAAGGUGCUGCAUCGGCUGCCGAAGCAUCUUCUGGAUUAUCUGCUGUCGGAAUUGGGCACAAGUGGCUCAGUGGAUGGCAAUAAUCAGUUGAUUAUCAAGGGACGCUUCCAGCCCAAGCAAAUUGAGAAUGUCCUGCGUCGCUACAUCAAGGAAUAUGUCACCUGUCACACCUGCAAAUCCCCCCACACAAUCCUGCAGAAGGACACAAGACUCUUCUUCCUGCAGUGCGAAUCCUGCGGCUCACGCUGCUCCGUCGCCAGCAUCAAAUCCGGCUUCCAGGCUGUCACCAGCAAGAGAGCAGCUAUCCGUGCGAAAACUGCAUAAAUCCCUCCUCCUCCGCCCCCCCACUGAAAAUCCCCCCUUUCCCCCCGGAAGAAUUGUCCAACUUCUGCCCACACAUUCUGCUGGAAGGAAUAAUUGUAUGGAGACUCUUUUUUUUUGUGUAUGUGAGAGCGCAAAGGAUAAUGUAUAAAAUUUCACUGAGUAAUUAAAUUGUGGGUGUUGCAGUGA